UGCACAGCGUGUCAUUAACCGGAGUACAUAAUUGUGUUAUACUCAAAUUUAGCAGACUUGAGAAUGGUAACAUUUUAACGUAGAGCUAACAAAAAUACACAAUGUUUGGCUUUGUCCUUACGUGUGCAUUUCCACCAUUUCAUUUUGUUGCCUUGAUAUCUUUGGAAGUGCUUUCUUGUAUUUUAACUUAAAAGACGGCUGAUCUAUUUGCUGUGUCCUUUGCUGUGUUUUUGGUAUUUACCUCGGGCCUGAAUGUUCAAGUUCGGAGCGGCUACAAAGUUUGAAGAUGAAUGUGAACCAGGGAACAGUUGGCAGUGACCCCGUAAUUCUUGCCACUGCUGGAUAUGACCACACGGUGCGAUUCUGGCAAGCACACAGCGGUAUCUGUACAAGGACAGUCCAGCAUCAGGACUCGCAGGUGAAUUCCCUGGAAGUGACUCCAGAUCGGAGUAUGAUCACAGCUGCAGGUUACCAACAUAUCCGCAUGUAUGAUCUGAACUCUAACAAUCCCAACCCUGUCAUCAACUAUGAUGGUGUCAGUAAAAACAUCACAUCAGUGGGCUUCCAUGAAGAUGGCCGCUGGAUGUACACAGGAGGAGAGGACUGCAUGGCUCGUAUCUGGGACCUGAGGUCAAGGAACUUGCAGUGCCAAAGAAUCUUCCAGGUCAAUGCUCCUAUUAACUGUGUAUGUCUACAUCCUAAUCAGGCAGAGUUGAUAGUUGGAGACCAGAGUGGAGUGAUUCAUAUCUGGGAUCUGAAAACGGACCACAAUGAGCAGCUCAUCCCAGAGCCGGAGGUUUCAGUCAACUCCGUCCACAUCGACCCCGAUGCCAGCUACAUGGCUGCAGUCAACAGCUCCGGGAACUGUUACGUGUGGAACUUGGCGGGAGGAAUGGGGGAUGAGGUCACCCAGCUUAUUCCCAAGACCAAGAUACCAGCUCACAAGCGUUACUCCUUGCGAUGCAAAUUUAGCCCCGAUUCCACACUACUGGCCACGUGUUCUGCAGAUCAGACGUGCAAGAUCUGGAGGACGUCCAACUUCCAGCUGAUGACAGAGCUAAGCAUCAAGAGCAACAACCCCGGGGAGACGUCUCGUGGCUGGAUGUGGGACUGUGCCUUCUCUGGAGACUCUCAGUACAUAGUCACAGCCUCCUCUGACAACCUGGCGCGGCUGUGGUGUGUGGAGACGGGCGAGAUCAAGCGGGAGUACAGCGGCCAUCAGAAGGCCGUCGUGUGCCUGGCGUUCAACGACAGCGUGCUUGGCUGAGCCGCCUGGGGUCCUCUGAGCUCCAGCAUCACUCCCAGCUAUGACUCUCCUCCAGGGCCCCGGUGCACAAGCUAAUCUAAUCUCACUUCACCUCAGAAGGAAAGGAAACUGCAUUUUAAGCUCCUUAUUUAAGGACGGACCAGAUCGGGUAUAGCUCUGAUGUGCGUCUUGAACCAGAUGUAUGCAAAAACUGUAGUUGUCUGUCUGACCAAGAAUGACCAAAUGUAAUAAAUAUUUAAAAAAUGGAAUUUAAAGUAUCCACAAGUUCACAAUAAUGUUAGUAUUUACUCUGAAAUUGAUUUGUGUAGGUUUGAUUUUAUUGUUUUAUCAUUCUCUAAAUUUGGUGUUGCUUAAAGGGAAAACCCAUGUUUGUAAAAAUAUUUAUUUACAAACCUUACUUUGUUUAUGCAGCGUGAGUCUCUAGGCUUUGAUUACAUGAACUUCUACAGACAGUG